AUGGCGGACAAAGUUGAUGUAGAUGUUGAACAAUUAUCUUCUUGUUGCUAUGUGUCUAGUGGAGAGCUGGACCAUCUGCCUCUGCCUGACAAUAGUUCAUCAAGAAAUCUGGAAACAUCGGAUAAUUCUGAGAGAAGCGAGAACAGUGCUUCAGAUGAGGAAGAUAACGAAAACGUGCCUCGAGAAAUUGUGUUGUCAGAGGAGUAUGGCCGAACUCUUUCGAGCUCUAGAGGUUUAAAACCAUGUAAGGAAAGGACAAAGUCUGCGAGAAGGAAAAAAGAUAAAGUAAACUCCGAAAGAAAGAUGGCAAGUGGAAGUUCAUUAAAGAAAAGACGAAAAAGCGCCUCGGCGACGACUAACGAAAGGGCGCUUUCACGGUCAAUUAAAGAAAGCGAAGUGGUGUUUGGUUUAAUUGAAAACGGUGAAGAAGGAAGGGUUUUGAGGACACGAAACAGAAGUCAAACCGAAAGUUCAUUAACACGAAACCCUAGUCAGAGAAAGUAUCAGUGUUUAAGGUAUCGUGAGGCGAGCAUAAAUACGAACAGUAAUGGUAUUUUUCUUGAUACUAAUAAAACAUCGGUUUGUCAGUUGAAACGGGUUAAAUUUUACGAUACAUUAAGCGUGUUGAUAAACUUGGGGGCGGGUGGCAAUGCCGAUGGAGUGGAUAACAGUGUUAAAGAAGUCAAUGACUAUGAAAUAGCUGAAUUGAAAGAAGCACUAUGGCUUGAGUUACAGGCAUGGAGGAAUUCAACUACAAUGCUCCAACAAGAUGACUGGUUAAUGAAUGAAAGAAAAAUAAUUUCACAGAUUUUGGACGAUGUCAUAAAUUUUCACUUGGAUGAUGAAACAUCAAAAGUAAAAUUUGAUGUUCAAUCAUCGGAUUCUGAAUCUGAUUUUGAGUCUGAUGGCGAAGCUUGCUGUACUUUACACCCAAUCUUCAACAUUAUGGAAAAUAGCAUUUUAUUGGGUGAAGAUAGUUUUGCAGAUGAUUCGGCCAUCAGCAGUAAUUCGGACCUUAGCGAGACAACAUUCAACUCUGAGGAUUGUGAAGCCAGAUUAUCAAAAUAUGCACAAACUAUCAGACAUGCUGUGAAGGAAGUGACAACAAUGUUAGACAGAUUGUACGAAGUUGAACAACUUUAUCCUUCAAGAGGUGCUCUCAGUAAGGAUUUUGUAUUGUAUAAUUCUGAGGAGUUUCAGACAAGUUGUGAUACAUUACUGUUGUGGUUAAACCAAGUGAAAGGAUUAUAUCAUAAACUUAAUGUUAUGGCAAGACUUGUUCAGGUUGAUUUUGAUGAUGUCAAAGUGUGGAACGAUUGGAUAUCUCUUGGGAUUGAUCUCAACUGCCAGAAGUUGUCCAACAACUGUCCAAAUUGUCAAGACCUUAAUACCUACGUUACGUUGGAAACAUUUGAGCACACCGAAUCCUUUAGACGUGGUUUGAGCUCAGAGAAUACGAGUACGAGCAGAUAUCGACCAUUUGUUGAUCAGAAUAUCAAAAAGAUGGGAGUGGCGAGUCUUGGACGCAAAAUGCACAUGAUCGUUCAUACUGAGCUGGCACGAGCGAUGUUUAUUUUAAAAGUUAAAGAUAUGCAAAACUCUCUUAUGAAACAUAAAAAAUUGUAUUUAAUGUUCCAGGAAGUCCUCACCUUAAAGAAUUUAAGAUUGGACAUUUCAUCAAAGGAGGAUGUUUUCGAGUUCAACCAGGAUUUUGGCAUUCCCAACGGGAAUUGGAUUAAGAGAUUCGAGAAAAUGGGUCUUCCAUCUUUUGAUGAAUUGUAUUUGUUCCUUGUUCGUCUUGUUAUGGACAUUUAUCAUGAAUGUCUAAGAAUGAGAAUGGAACAUCGUCCCAAAAGUGAACCAUCAUCUCUCAGUGUUAGACAGUUACUGGAAGAAUGCAAAGAAGUCUUACUGGCUGCUAUACUUGUACGUCAGUAUUUUCUUGAUGCGUUAGAAGCACUGGGGCGAGAGUUGAGUAGUUGGCCAGAGUUUGAAGAAAGAGUUCUUGAGUUUGAUCAGGAUAUUCAAAAAAUGCUUGAGGUUUAUUUUGAAUAUCUUCAACUGUACAUGCAUAUGUUACAACGUCUACCUGAAGCGUCGUCUGAUGUUCGAAAUAUCCUUGAAGAUGAAUGGGAGUUUGUCAAAGACAUUACGCCUUAUAUACGUGGUGGGGAGGUACAAGCAGGAAAGAAAUUUUGCGUAAUGGCAAGAGGUCUUGUUGAGUCAACAGCCGACUUUCUAACCACCGGAAUGGACGAAUUUUCCACAAUACAUGAUUUAGAAGACAACGAAAAACAUUUAGUAAAAAUUCUUCAGUCUUGUCGUGAUUUUAAAAAGUUAUUCAAAGAAACCCGUGAACGAAGCACGAAGGCCGUGGGUCUUGUUAAAAGGUUACGCAGUGAUCUUGGAGUUGCAGCUACGUUUGAAACUACGGUGCCAUCUAAAGAACUUGUUGAAAAAUUAAAAACAUCUGAAUAUGUUCAGGUUAUCACCAAACUCGAUAUCUCCGUCAAGAUGUUUGUUCGUGGCUGCAUGAGACGCUCAAAAAGUUGCAUCUUGGAGCUAUUGAAUGCUUGUUGUGGACUACAGAGUCAGUAUAGCGAAUGUGCCAAGGAAGCAAACAAUUAUAUUGUUCUAGUAUCUGAGAAACACGAAUGUACGUGGACUGGUGAGACUCUUGACGUCACACCCGGUCUUGAUGCUUCACUGGGAUUGGUUGAUAUUCAGGUUGAAGAUCUAGCCAUCGUUGCAUGUACGUCACGCGCAGUAAGUGCUCAUAUCAACGCAUUUCAAGGGGUUAUGCGUGACGCUGUCAUUUGUACAUCGGGCUCAACAUCUGUUCAUCACGAUCUUGUUGAUAUGAAGACUCAAAUUUCGGAGUCUUUGGUGAACCUACGAACUAAAAUAUGCGACGCAUUGGAUGGCGCAAUGGAAAUACUUGAUGUAGGGAAAAUGUACGAGAUUGAAGAAAACGAACGUCGUAGAUUAAACAGAAGUACCCUUGGAGCACUACAGUUUGCUUUUAACGCUGUCUUUGAUUUUCAUCGCGAGAUUCGUCGUAUUCCUGAGUCAGAUGAGAAAGCCCUUUCCAUUGUUGGAAAGUAUCAUCUGGAAGUUGCAUGGAAAUGGAUGGAGUUCGUGUUAAAUCAUUGUAAGAAAGGAAAAGGUAGCAGACCACGUUGGGCAGCUCAAGGUUUGAAGUUUCUCAUGGAGUCCUGCAACCCAGCCAUCUCAUGUCGUUUGUCUGAAUCACAGUUUGAGAAACUUCAGUGUGAGAUCAACAAAUGUGUUGAUCAUGUGAUCGGAAGUCAAGACAAUCCACACACAUUGAGUGGCUCGGUGAGCUGCAACCAAAUGUCUCCAAACACACGAUUUGCGCGUUCCUCUACUUACCCUGGUACCCACUCGCAUAUCCACCCUUCAAGAACGAUAUCUGAACCAGGUCGUCAGAAUGUAAAACGCUCAGUUACGACCGUAAACGAAGCUGUGAAUGAGGAUGAAGUUGUACCCAGUAGAAUAUCGAAAGUACGUAAGAGUAUAGCUGAUCUUGAGCGUAAACGACAUAUCAGCUUACUGGAGAAACAUGUGAUAGGGAAAGUUAGUAACAAGAAACGGGAUCUUGCUGGUGAACUUGCUGUUAUACCCAAACGAGUACCUUUCAAAUGGCAGCGUGGAAACAAAAUAGGUGAAGGACAGUUUGGUAAAGUUUAUUCAUGUGUGAAUUUGGACACGGAAGAAGUGGUUGCAAUGAAACAGAUAACAUUUCAUCCUAACGAUCACAGCGCCUUCACAAACUUGGCUGAUGAAAUAAAAGCUUUUGAAGGUCUAACACACGACAGUCUUGUAAAAUAUUACGGAUGUGAAGUUCAUCGGGAUGUCAUGUAUAUAUUUAUGGAAUACUGUGGUGAUGGUACCAUUUCUGAUGUAUCCCGUCUUGGGUUACCUGAGCCAAUGAUACGCAAGUACGCCGACCAGAUAAUGAUAGCUGUAGAGUUUCUUCACGAUAGAGGCAUUGUACAUCGAGAUAUUAAAGGUCCAAACAUUUUUCUCUCUUCGGAAGGUCUAAUAAAACUGGGUGAUUUUGGAGCUUCUGUUAAAUUAGGCAAUCCCUCGCAGACAAUGUGUGGUGAAGUAGCCACUCUCCGGGGAACUAUUGCGUACAUGGCACCGGAAGUUAUUACCCUCGAUAAAGGAGCCGGUUAUGGGAGGGCUGCUGACAUUUGGAGCGUGGGCUGUGUUGUUGUUGAAAUGGCCACUGGGAAGCCCCCGUGGAGCGAGUACGACAACCAAUGGGCGAUCAUGUUAAAGGUUGGUGAGGGUGGCUCUCCUGCAAUCCCAGAAUCCCUUAGUGAUGAAGGAAGGGAAUUUUUGACGCGUUGUUUCGUGCACGACCCUCACGAGAGAUGGACCGCAAGACAGCUUCAAAAUCUCACUUUUCUUAAAGUAUGAUUUAAUUUGCAUUUCAUGGAACAAUUAUUGAUGGUUUUGGAAUUCCAAUGGAUCAUAAUGGAUCAUACUGGUUCGCUAUUUACUUAUUCUGUUCAGGAUCACCAUCUAUUACGGUCAGAUUUAUCUAUGUUGCAUUAUUUAUUAGUUUGCCGUCGUGGUAGCUAUGGAGUAAUUUAUUUAAAUGAAGUCGGAAUUUGUUUGAAGUUUCCUUCUUGUUCUUGAUGAACACUCGCAAAGUUUUUCAAAUUUUCUUUGAAAAGUAUGCCGUUUUUCAUGGUCUGUGUGAUCUUUGUAUUCGCACUAGAACAUCUUGAGCAAUCGUUUAUUUGAAUAUUUUUUCUGGAGGAUAAAUGUGUUAGAAAACAUUUCAUCUUUACUACGGAGCUCAACUACUGCAUACUUAGGCAUUGCGUUUGAAAAUUAAGCUUCAAGAAAAUAAUGCGUUUUAUUUAUUGAGAGAAUUUUUAAGUAAAUAUAUAAUCCAUCCAAGUUUGGUAUUUUCCAUUUGUAGCUAUAUCAGUUUAGAAGAUUACGCCAGCUUAAAGGCAUAGAAGAUAACUAUUAUUUAUUAUAUAGUUAAAAUGUAAAUGUGUUUUAAAAUAUAUGUAUAUAGAAUGUAUGGAGUUGACAAAUGUUUAAAAUUACAUUUACUUCAUGAAAAAUAUUCUUCUACUAAUAAUCCCUGCUGCCAAAAUUUAAUGAUAUUUUGCUAUCCGUACACAGACACUUUAGAUGACUAAAAUUUCAACUUUUUUUCUCUACUAAAUGAUCUUUUGGACUUAUUUCUGAAAUGAUUCCGGUGGUUGAAUAAACGUUCAACAGCAAUUUACAAAUUCAAGAAAACUGUCUUAAAGAUUUUCUUUCAUGAAUUUGAUUUAUUAUUUUAAUAAACACCCAAGUAAUAAACUCCCAUGAUAAAAAACACCUACCCUGGGUGUUUUUAUCGUGUUAAAAAAGUGGUCAUGUCUACUUUACAAGACGGAAACUUUUUUACCUUUGAACUGGCACUUUUUUAUUGAUAUAACAUGGUUUCAAUGAUCGCUUUUUGGUUUUGGAGAGAACUUUAAUUUUUUAUACAACGACAUGCAAUUAUCCAUUUCAUUUCAUGCAACAGAAUCUUAGCUAGUGAGGUGUCAAUCAUUUCCAAUCUUUAUUAAAAAGUGAUUUUUUAAUAAAGAUAAAAAUGAUUGAAGCAUCACUAGGUGAUUUUAAUAAAGAUUGCAAGUGAUUGAAACAUUGUUAUUUUCUGUGUCACAUCGUUGAUAAAAAUAUGUUCGUAAGUACGUAUCUUUGUUGACGUCAAAAUCUUGCAUAAGAAAUUGACAUUUUCCCCUAUGAAAGCAAUAAUUCAUUUUCAGAGCCGAGAAAUUUUUUGUAAUGUCAAAAAUUUGUUAGUAUGUUUUUUUGUUAUCAAUUAUUUAUUUUAAUAAUCUGAUAAUUUUCUGUUUAUGUUUGUUGUCAGUCAACAGUGCAUUAUACACAAUCUAUUCCGGACGAUGAUUUUACAUAAAAAAGUACUAUCCGAAAACUAGCACUAUAUUAAACUUAAUUUGACAUCAAAACCAACCGAGAGAGUUGUCAACCGUAAUGUUUGGAAUUCCUUUUAUCAGUCUUUAAAAUAUUGUACAUUUUUCUUUUUUUCCAUUCUUAAUCGAUGUUUAAUGACCAUAACAAAUACUCUCUGUUUUUACCGACUGCUGUAGACUAACUAUAAUCCCUUCGACUCGACAAAGAACUGUUUUAAGUUGUUGAAUAUAUAAUAUUCUAGUUUGGCGUAUUUUUAAUUAAAUCUUUGUGCUUCGUCUCCGUCGGUCAUUGCUACAAUUAAAGCAGCAAAUUUUUUAUAAUUCACUCUUUUUGUGUAUUUUCGAUAUCUAUCAAAGAUUCAAAAGAUUUUUCUUUUCAACGUGGAAAAAGUUGAGAAAUUGUGACGACGAGAAUCGAUAACUAUAAUUUUUGAAUAAUUUCAGCUGUUGCAUUCAUUGCUAUGUAUAUUGGAGACGAAUGUAAACAAUUGCACAAAAACUUUUCUAUGUCGGCCUAUGAUUUCAGUAAAUCGCUUGGGCAUUUUUCAUAAAAAAAAUUCAUCUUUGGUGUCUUGGUGGAAUAGAAGUUACAUUUAAACCUUAGCUUCGUGACGUUGAACCUUGUUCAUCAAAGAAUUUGCUUCCAAUAUACAUGUUUUUUUUAGCGACGUGCUUCCGUUUGACAGAGAUAUAACUCCUUUGGUGGAGGCUGAUAAACCAUCUGCAACAGAAGCAGUAAUUACUAAAUUCAUCAACAACAUCGACAACAACAGAUAAACUGAUGAAUAUACUCCUAUAGCCGUUACCAUUCCAGUGUGUAAAUAAAACCAAAUAGAUUUGUAACCAUUGAUUACCAAUCUUUCAUUUUGUUAUAAAUUUUAUUGUCUUAAAACAAUUAGGUUUCUUCACGUUAGCAUUUCCAUAUUUUGGCUUUGAAGGAUUCAACUGUAAUCCAAUUCAUUUAUGUGAGUUUGUUUGUAAGUGAUUAAAAUGUGGAUUUAAUGGAGAAUAAGAAUGUCGACAUUAUCUUUCUAA